AUGAGAAGGCUGGCCAGAGGACUCGCUACAGACUGUGCAAGCAAACAGCUAAACUUGAGAGAGUACCUCGAUUCGAAGCUAUGCUCCUCCGAUGUCUCCACUCUGGCUCGUCUCAUCCGCGAGUGUGGUUCUCUGGAAAGCCUGCUAGAUGCACAAAAGAUUCACAGUCACAUUGUAGAGUCUAGCUUUCAGGAAAGCUUUUACCUGCGUGAGCGCCUCGUCCACAUGUACCUCAAGUGUGGCAGUGUCGAGAACGCCGAGGACGUCUUCUUGGACAGGAACAGGAUGGCUCACUUCCGAGACGUCACGACGUGGACGGCGAUGUUGUCCGCAUACUCUCGUCAAUCCAGCAGCACCACCAAGGUGCUCGAGUUCUACUGCCAGAUGCUCCAGCACGGUGUCAAGCCCGACAGCUUCACUUUCACUGCCGUGUUGAAAGCCUGUGUUUCUGCGAGGAGAGCGUUGAGUGGCGGCAAGGCGAUCCACUCCCAGAUCUUAGAGAGCGGGCUAGAGGACGACGAGAUCAUCGGAACUUCGGUCGUGAGCAUGUAUGGGAAGUGCAGCAGCCUGGUUGAUGCUCGAGCCUGGUUUGAUGGAGUUUGUGUCCGACGUCCGCAUGGAGUGGUGUUGUGGAACGCCAUGAUCUCGGCUUACGUCCAGAGCGGCUGCUGUGGACAGUCCUUGGAGCUCUUCACGCUGAUGCUCUUGGAAGGUGUCGCUCCAAACAGUGUCACGUAUGUCACGGUUCUCAAUGCUUGCAGCUCUACAUUGACGCUGGGUAUUGGCACGGCGGUUCACAUCUGUGUUUGCGAUCUCGGCCUCGAGUCGGACGUCCUCCUUGAGCAGGAAGAGCGGGAAGCUGGACGAAGCCCGGAAGAUCUUUGA